UUUAGAGUUAGUCGGAAUUCACACCUCUCAGCGCACGGUUAAGAAUAUUGCAGAAAGAUGUCCCUACUUAUGGCAUCAAUAGUGAAAAUGUUAGCUUUAAUAAUCGUAAUAUGUGUAUCCUCGGUGUAUGCGGAUUUGUUAGUGCAGUUGAACGUGAAUCGGCCUUUGAACGAUGUGAAUGAGAAAUUUGUUAGUUUUACUGUGGAGCCGUCGGACUUAUAUCAUGCGCUCGAUGGCUUAAAUAGAAAAACUCUUACUCAAAUGGCCACAAUGCUGGGCACUUCUUACAUAAAAUUUUCGGAUGAUUAUAAUUUCAUACCGGAUACCGAUACGAAAUAUCGAAAUCCAACAAAAACUAUAUGGAAAGGAUUCAAUCGCUGGACGAGUGCCGUCAACUGGACCAUGAUUAUGCCACUUCCAUAUGAAGCUGGCGAAUGGGACCCCAUGGAAUCGCUAAGAAUAUUGAACAGUUCUUAUUCAACGGGUAUAACCGAUUGCAUAUGGCAGCUGGGUACAGAAGGUGGCUCUAGUAUUUCGGAGUACUUCAACGACUUAAAUACAUUAAGUUUGAUGGUGAACACAUUUAGUCCUUAUGUUGAUGAUUGGGAAGUUAUCGGUGCUGAAAUGCCAUCAGGCAGCACAAAUGAAGAUAUACGACGUUACAUCGAGUAUAGUAAGGAUAUGAAUGCGGCCUUCAAUUGGUUACAACCCGCAGAUGCUUCGACUUCAAACAGUAUGGUUGGCUCGGUCUACGAAAAUGAUCGAGUUUUGCGCGCCAUGUUCAAUGAGAAAGUUCCUGUUUGGUUAAACUUCAUGCCCAAAGAUCGAACGAAUAAAUCAAAGAGGGGAAGCAUCGGUAGUAGUAGUAGUAAAUCAACGGAGGAUAUUACCGAAGUUCUACGUUGGGCGCAGACACUUGGCGAAGCGGCAAGCUCAGGUUUUGAUGCGGUAUUUCGACGCAUGGAUCUAGAUGAUUUGGAACGCCCUAGUCAAAGUUUCUUUGUAACAUUGGUAUUCAAGAAGGUAAUGGGUUCGCGCGUGUUUCCUGCACGCCCCUUCACCAUAUUCUUGCGCAGUAACAAGCUUUACACUCAUUGCGCAAAUACAGUAUCAGGCGGCAUAGCCUUUAUGAUUGUCAAUCCCGAUGAUGAAGCCAAACAAAUAUCCAUUAGGUCCGCUACAAAGCUGUCGGGCGAUGAGUACUGGCAAUAUAUCUUAACAUUUAAGAAAAAUUAUGCCUAUUUGAACAAUGAGAAGUUGACUCUAAACUCAACACUGCCACCUCAAGUUAAGACGAAGAGUCCAACUAAGUCGAUACAAUUGAAUUCACCUGGGAAAUCGAUUGGCUUUUGGGUACUGCCAAAUGCUGAGCUGGAGCAUUGCCAGUUUACAGAGAUUGAUGUUGACGAUUUGGAACGAGAUUCGGAGGAGGAAAAAGUAUUGCAUAAACAAAUUUCAUCUUCGGACAAAUUGCUGCAGCAACUUAUACAGGAAACAGCGCUACCCGACGAUGCUAUGAUAAAAAAUAAUCACCGCGGACGCCGUUAUGCUACUCGUGCCCGUCAUGUUGUGUUGAAAGAUAAAGACGAACAUAUGGAGUCUUUGGCCAAACUCUUUGAGCCUCUCUCUCUCGAAGAGAAGUCGCCGAAAAAGCGUGAGGAAGCAAUCGAGGAUCGACGAACAGCUACAUUGAAAUGGAUUAAAGAUUUGUUGGAUACUGCUAUGCAGGAUGGUGACGAUUUGUUUUCAUUGAAACGAAAUACUCGUAGCGUCGAUGAUUACUUUGGCGCCAUCUUUGGUACGAAGGGUGCCCAAAAGAGAUCACCUGUAGUUAAGAAAAUUACCGAAAUUCGCAAACCAGAAAAGAAAUCCAUUACACCAGCUUACGAUCCAGAGCAUUUCAAUGAGGAGGAGUUUUUUAAGAAAAUGGGUACAGAAAACGAACCCGAAUUGCCACGUGUGCCCGAAGGUGAUGUACACCUGACGCAUAUUACCAAAUUGGAGAGUGAAGAUGAUGAUGAAUCCAAAGAGCGUGGGAAGAAGAAACUAGCUACUAUGAAAAUACAAGGCACAAUUGGUAAAGAAAUACGAAAUGAAAUGAAACCGGUACGCCUAUUACCCACCGAGUUCUACGAGGCAAUGCCAUUAUCGAAUUCGAACCAAAUGCACUUAAAGAAGCCGCAUAAAUGGAACGCAUUAUUAUUUCCCGAGCCUUUUACGAAAAAAACAAUUAUCAAUAAUAGGAAAUUGAAAAGUAACACCCUCGGGGAAUCUACAGCAUUGCAUGAUGCCGAUACUGAUGUGGAAAAAGUGGACACGGCACAAUUUCAAACCGGUGGUCAACUAGCUGAAGACUUUCUACGCGCACAAGAAGAAUUGGCACGCACUUUCCUGCGCGAUCACGAUGAUAAAGAGCACAUCGAGAAGAGCAACAAAAAAGAGCUGAGCGAAAGGCAUAUCGAAAAUGAGGACGAAAUGCUGGAAAAAAUCAAAUCAUUACGUACGAAAUACAUCGACUAUUUGGCGGAGAAUUUGGAAAACUACUUCAAUGAGCGUGGUGUCGUCGGCAAUUUGGAUAUGCAAAAAAGUAUAGAGCGCACCACUGCUACCUCGACGACAGAGGCACCUUGGUGGAAUUUGAGUUCGCUGCGUAAACGAAGAUCGCCACGCGCUUUGCGCUAUAAAAUACCUGAUGAUGAAUGGCUUACGAAUAUGAUCACCAAAGACGAGGAACUGUUGCCAUUGGGGAGCAUAAUGCCAGAACGUUUAGUGGACAAUGCACGAGUUUCGAGACUUUCAAACCAUUUACAAAUGGAUGAUGAAGUUAGUAACAAGAAAUACAAUGGUUAUUUACGAACAGUUAAAGAUAAAGUUAAUAAGGUCGUAGAUAUAGUGACGAAACAUGUAAACGAUUGGUAUAAUACAUUCACGAAGCCUGUGGAGGAUGUAAAUGAUGAGUCGAAUGGAAACCGCCUAAAAAUUACAAAAGGAAAGAGAAGGUUUUGAACAAAAAGCAAAAAAGAGUAUUCACAAAGAGAUGUAGGCAAUGAUUAAAAUAACUAAUUUAAAAUAACUAUGGCUAGGAGAGGCCAAAUUUGUAAUUACUGUUGCAAGUCGCGCUGAAGCCCGCAAUAUAUUUUUGAGGUUGUUUUUGAUAAAUGAAUAAAAAAAAUGUAAAUUAAUUGCAGAAAACCAAAC